UUAGUUUACCAAGAGUAUAGAUGAUCACUUCCUGAAUGGGUUUUAUUAAAACCAACCAUCUUAAUACGCAGGGAUUUGGGCUUAAUAAAGGUUGGUGUAGACAGCACAGCCUGUGUUGGACAGAUCGGUGACAACAACUUGACUGAAUCUCUCCUUCUGUGAAUCAUCCGGAGUACGUUUAUGAUGACGCAAAUGUUUCUCAUCUUCACCAUUUUGAUGCUGCUUGCUGUAAAAGCUGAUGGACAGUCAUGUCGGUUUGGGCGUUCAGGAGCAGGCUGUCGGUAUAACUGUAACUGUGCCGAGAACUGUGACAGUCAGAAAGGCUGUGUCGGGAACUGUUCCGCUGGCUGGGACGGACCUACCUGUCAGAGACGUAAUGUGGCGCUGCACCAGAUGACGUACCAAUCAUCUGACUAUAAUGACACUAAGCGGUUCUACACAUCGGAAUUCGCCGUGGACGGUAAAGUGGGUCAUACUCUGGAGAGCACACCUUGUACACACACCAAGCUUGCUUCACCAGUCUCGUGGGGGGUAAUACUGAACAGGACGUACAGUAUUUACACAUUUCAGAUUUACAACAGGGUCGGAGAUUGUGGUAACGGACCCAAAUCAUGCGGUCGCCGACUGAACGGCUUUACUCUGAGUGUGGGAACCAACAAUCAGAGCUACAGUACAUGUUAUACAGACACGACAGACAGUGACUACGGUCCUGGGAACAUCAUCAACGGUAGAUGUAACGACAGUAAGCCGAGAACAGGAAACACGGUCCGGAUAAGUUUACCGCUGGGGUCAUUUUUGACACUUUGUGAAGUACGUCUGUUUGUUUGUUCCGAGGGCUGGUAUGGAGUGAUGUGUGACAAGGAAUGUGUGACAGACACCCACUGCUUUCAAUGUGAUGACCAUGGACUUCGGUGUGAAAAGUGUGCGAAUGGCCGAUGGGGUACAGACUGUGAUGAGGGAUGUGGACAUUGCUGGAUUAAUACUGCUUGUGACAAGGACACCAGUGAAUGUCCGAAUUUAUCACCCAGGUGUGAGAGUGGGUUUCAGGGUUACAAUUGUACAUUAAACUGCAGCUCGUAUACAUGGGGUCCUGACUGUAAGGAGACCUGUGGUCAGUGUCAUGGCAGAGCUGUCUGUGACGGGGUAAGUGGAGACUGUCCCUUGGAGAAUCCUCGCUGUGCCAUAGGAUAUACAGGACCUCGUUGUGAACGUAAAUCACUGGUUCUAACUCGAUUUAGGUAUGGAGGUAGCCAUGAUUUAGGGUAAAGAAAUGUCUAUUCGUGUUACUCCCGUAGGAAGCUGUGUUAAUCUUUCUCAGGUGAAGCGUGUAAGAUUGAGAAGAAUAUUGCGUUUUAAGGUUAAGUUUUAAGAAAAUUUGGAUGAUCUUUAGAAUUUGACAGUUAGUCCUUAAAGUCCAGUGUUCUUUAUUUGUGAUUUUGGGGUUUAGAAAGAAUU